AUGAUCUUCAGUGUGUGGAUUGGUUUCUCCUUUUUUUCAUUCGUCUUAUCAGAUGGCAAUGUAUUGGAUUUGAAGAUCCUCUCUACUUCAUGUACAAGUCGAAAUGGAUUGAAAUGUAUUUGUGAAUUAACAUUAAUGAAUUACGAGGAAGACGAACCCAAAAUAGCUCUGAAGAAUUGCUCAAGACAGGGUGAAUGGUCGGCGUGGUCGCCAUGGUCUGCAUGUCGAGAUAAUAGAGAACGACGUCGUCGGCUAUGUGAUCAACCAACUCCAAUAGGUGCUAACAGUUACUGCAAUGGGGAUGCUGUGGAAAUCAGAAAUUGUUCAUCUGAUGAACUACGCAUUCCUGAGUUUGUUUGGGGAACAUGGAGCGAUUGGAAUGAAUGGAGCGAAUGUUCAUGCUCUUCUAGAGUUGAAGAAGCUUCUCAAAGAGUUCGUUAUUGCUUAUCGGAAACAUGCGAAGGAUGUCCGAUCGAGUAUAGGCCAUGUAAAAACAAUUGUCCAAUUGUUAAAAAGUAUGGAGAAUGGUCUAAUUGGUUAACAGAAGGAGAUGUAAGACGUCGCUUUCGUGCUUUAGCAAGUUCAAAGUUCAUUAACGACAUUAAUGUUGAGAUGAAAACUGAGGAAAUGCCAUUUAAUGCUGAAAACAAUUCGUGGAGCGAUUGGGAUGUAAGACAUGGAGUUGCUGUUCGUUUUCGAGGAACUGACAAUAACACUGAGAUUCAACAUCAAUUAAUGUCAACGAUUCCUCGUCGUUGUGUUGAUGUCAGAUGGCUUUUACUUUCAAACGUAGCUUCAAUUCUCAUUGGCUUUUACGAAGAUCAAAGCAUUCGAAGACGACUUCGUUUUCAUUUGUGUGUUAACGUUUAUAAUACUCCUCCCAAUUCACCAUUUCAAAUGCGUUAUUGUCCGUCCCUUCUGCUGCUCCUCGUCAUGGGUGCUGUGAUUGUUGAAGCAGCAAAAAUGGAAGAGAUACUUCGAGAUCUCCAUAAUCAUAUAAAUCAACGUUCAAUGGCUCAUGGAAAUCUGAAAUCGUUCCGUCCGGGCUCGAAUGCAACCGAGGUUGUUUCUGCAACUAAGCAUAAGCAUCAUCAUCAUUCUCACUUCCCUUCACCCACCUUCCUCAAAAAAGUUAGUCCAGAAGCUCGUCGAGAAUUCUUCAGCAUUGUCAAAAAUCGUGAUAUCUCAAGAAUCGAAAUGAAGCAUCAACUGGAGGCAUGGGCGAAAAAACAGAAAGCAGAAAUUCAAACAGAUUUACAAAACUAUUUUGAGAAGCUGAAGAAGUUAGUUAAUGAGUGGCAUAAAGCCACUACGAAACUCAUUGAUGAGCUCCCAAAGGCUUAUGAAAAAGUUCACAGAAUUCUAGCUGAUCCCAACUUGACAUCUAACGAAGUUGAGCGAGAAAUCAAGGCAUUGCAGUUCAAACCAUCUCUUGCUCACGCACUUCGGUAUACAAUGUUCUUCGCAGUUCAUCCAAACAUAGAAGAUGAUGACGAAAUGCUGUCUGCCGCUAAAGGUGUUUUCACUCUAGAAGGAGGCUAUGAUUUUGGAAAAUCUUUGGAACAAAAAACCUUUUCUGUUUCUUCGACAUUCGAGAAGAGAACAAAAGCAGCUUUCACUGAUGAUGAGAUGUAG